AUGCUUCGUCGAGCAUGGCGUACCGCACCAGUGCAAAGGCUUAGUGUGUCGGUCACGUUAGGCUUGGCGCGCUGGAUCGGUGGCGCAACCGCAGUAGCUGAAGAAGUGAGCGCGCAGGAGUACGCGGAGCGGCGCAGGUGGUUCCUGGAGUGUCUCCCAGAUAAUUCCGUUGUUCUUCUCCCCGCCGCCGAUGAAUCGCUGUACAGUCACGAUAUCCUGUGGCCGCAUCGUCAAGACUCCUUGUGGUACCACCUGUUUGGCAUGCGUGUCCCGAUGCGGCGUCAGCUCGCCCCGCCUUCGUCUGCGAUCACCGAGGAUGUGCGGGUCACCAUCGCGGCUUUUGCCAAGGGCAUGAAGGGCGCCCCCGCGCAAACCCUUCUCUGUGUGCCGCCCGCCACCACGGACACAGCAACGCUGGUGUGGGGAUCUGAGGCGGUGCCGCUCAGCCAGUACAAACGUCUUCUCUGCGCAGAUGCUGAUGGUGGUAUGCUAUCGCCUCGCACGCACGAAAAUGUGGUCACGACGAACGAAGUGGGUACCGUCUGCGCGGCGGUGCACCGGCUUAUCACAGACAUGGCACAGCAGCAGGUAAAGGAAUGGGCAGAAGACAGCGACCUCGAGCUGUCAGCGUUGCCGGGAGGAGGUGGUGGUGUGCAGGCAGGGAGGCUCCUCCCGCUGGGCGUCCUGCCGAGAGUGUUCGCGGCGUAUCCGCAACAGCUACGCUGGGAUGGAAGAGGCUAUCGCCUUCGCCAGCCAGCGGCAUCGAUGCUGCUCGCAAAAACGCAGGAUGCAGCCCACAGCAGCUCUGUCUUUCACCAUCCACUUGAGGCGUUCUUCUCGACGCUGAGCGCGAUGCCCUUUGUGGUGCAUCUGCCACGUCCACUCCUUCUUGCAACCGCCGCAGCGCCGGGGCAGCAGUCGGCCUGCAGCGUAGUCACCUUCCGCUACUCGGCAGUCGCCGGCCACACCCCUGGGCUCGUGCCCUGCACCCUACGAAGACCGAAUUCUCCGACUGCUGUCGCCACCGCAUCCGAAAACGCUGGCAACGAGCCGGAUGCCACGAUGCAGCUGUCUCUACCUAUUCGUCGCAGUGAUGCAUACGCGUGGCUCUACCGGCAGGUCAAAGGCCCUUCUCAACUACGACAGCACCUUCGCAGUGCCCGCGCAACAGAGGAUGCUUUUCUGCAGCUCAUGCACCGCGCCUCCGCGACAUUGUCGGAGCACGUGCUGUACUGUGCGUUUCAGCGGACCGUGUGCGACAUUAGCGAGCACGCCGGGGCAGCUGCCCAGGUACGAUCCGCGUACAUUCCCGUUGUGGCAAGCGGCGUGCGCGGCAGCGAAAUCCACUUCACCGACAACGACGGUGUGGCCGCCCCGGGUGACGUCGUGCGCGUAGACGCUGGUGUGGAGGUGGACGGCGUCCCCACGGACUGCACGCGGACACUUCCGAUAGGCAGUUCACGCUUUCCCUCCUCGUACGUGCCGCUGUACGAGGGAUUGCUCGAGAUUCAGCGCAAGCUACUCCAGUGCAUGAGGCCUGGGGUUUCCGUCCGUGACAUGGCUGGAAUGCACAUCGACGAAACGCGGGCGUUGCUAUGCUCGCUUGGGGUCGAUGUCCGUCGUGCAGCACCCUCGUCAGCCGCACAAAGCCCGUUCCCCCACGAGUCGGCUACUGCAACCUCGUCGCAGGAGCAGCAGGUACCGCUUGCCCUCGUGCGCUCCUGCUUUUGUGCUCACUCGUUCGGGCAUUUCUUUGGCCUCGACAUCCAUGAGGAGCUAAGUAGCGUCUUGCGGCCACUCAAAACGGCAGCGGCAAAGGAAAAGGUCACGCGGCGGCAGCGAUCGACUCCGCGCAUCUUGCAAGGCGGCAUGAUGCACACUGUUGAGCCUGGCGUCUACGUGCCGAGCGCACAAAGAGCGGCCCUCUUCGGCCUCGAGAAGGCGCACUUACCGAUCGCGUUUCACGGCGGUGUUGGUGUGCAAAUCGAAGACGAUGUUCUCGUCUUACCUUCCCCGGAUGGCGAGGACGUCGAUGUUUGCAAAGGUGACGAGCCUCUGGUGCACUGUCCGUGGAGUCGUGGAGACUACCUCCAGCACGCCCUCGCUGCUUUUCAUCGCUACUACGGCAGUGGAGACGCGGGGUGGAUGCCCUCCCUGCUGGUGUCUGUGUGCGACGCGCAUGUGCCCACAGCAAGGGGGGGACGCAUGACUGCUGCUACGCAAAAUGUGUUGCGCUUCCUGUUUGCCCAGCGAGUGGCUAUGGAAGGGUUACCGAAGGCAAAGGCAUCUCUGGCAACGGACGUGUGCGCCAUACAGCAACAGACAUUUGUUCCGAAUCCAGCGUACGUGGACGGACCACCAGUGCCACACGCAGCAGUCUCUGACUGGUACCCGUACUCGAGCAUCGUCUUGACAGCAACUAUCCCAAAGGACAUUGCGCUUAUAGAAGGUGUCAUGCGGCAGUGA